AUGGACUCCGUCAGAAAGUACCUCUAUGGCUCGGGCAGCAUUGGGGGAAUCGUACUCCAGCCCUCAAACCAGAGGAUGAGCAUUUAUGAGGCCAUGAAGCAAAACAUCGUGGUACCAGGAGUGGCCCUGCCGCUGCUCGAGGCCCAGGCCGCCACAGGCUUCAUCAUCGACCCGGUGAACAACCAGAAACUCUGUGUGGAUGACGCCGUCAAGGAGGGAGUCAUUGGGCCAGAAGUCCACGAGAAGCUGCAGCAUGCGGAAGGGGCUGUGACAGGCUAUAAAGAUCCUUUCACAGGCAAGAAGAUACCCCUCUUCCAGGCCAUGAAGAAGGGCCUGAUCGCGGACAAACAGGCCCUGCAGCUGAUGGAGGUGCAGAUGGCUACAGGAGGCAUCAUUGACCCAGCCUGUGGCCACUACAUCCCCGUAGACUCUGCCCAGAAGCGAGGGUGCCUGGAUGAGGACACCAGCAGGGCCCUUUCAGAGCCCAGCGACAGCAACAGAGCCUUCUGCGUCCCCGAGAGCAAGGAGACCGUGACCUACGCUGAGCUCAUCCAGCUCUGCCAGAAGGACGAGGUCUCCGGCUUCCACUUGCUGCCUCUGUCACGGACAGCUGCUCCUGCCCGCACUGACGACCAAAUCCAACGGAUUUUCAAGGAAACCGAGGUGAAGGAGAAAGGGGUGUCCCUCUGGGAGCUAAUCCACUCUGGCUACUUCACGGAGGAGCAGAGGAGAGACUUCGUGGAGCGGUUCCGCUCCGAGGAACUGUCUCUGCAGCAGCUGGUUGCUCUUGUGCUCAAGCUGGUUGGGGAGAUGGAGAUGAAAGCCCGCUCCCAGAUCACCGUGGAAGGCUUGCGGGGCCGCGUCCCGGCAGUCUGGCUGCUGGAUGCCGGCAUCAUUACCGAGAAGAUGUUUGAGGAACUUGCUCAGGGUGUAAGAACUCCUGAAGAAGUGGCCGCAAUGGAGAGUGUGAAGAAGUACUUGCAGGGCACGGGCAGCAUCGCUGGCGUGUUCAUAGAGGCAUCCAAAAGGAAGAUGAGCAUUUACGAUGCCAUGAAGAACAAUCUCCUCCUCCCUGGGGCUGCUCUGAGGCUUCUGGAAGCUCAGGCAGCCACGGGGUACCUGCCUGACCCAGCCACAAACAGGAGACUCAGCGUGAGGGACGCUGUGAAAGCCGGUGUGGUUGGCGAAGAGCUCACCGAGAAACUGCUUCUGGCCGAGAGGGCGGUGACAGGCUACACGGACCCCUACACGGGGAGCUCCAUCUCGCUGUGCCAAGCGCUCAGGAAAGAGCUGGUUCCCCUGGGAGAUGCUGUUCCCUUGCUGGAGGCCCAGCUGGCCACGGGAGGGGUCAUUGACCCCAUUCACCAGCACCACCUCCCGCUCCAGGCUGCGCGCAGGUACGGCUUCUACGAUGAGGACCUGGACCAAACCCUCUCCCAGCUGAACGACAGCACCAAAGUCUUUCUUGACCCAAACACGAAGGAGAACGUGACCUACCAGCAGCUGAAGGACCGGUGCGUUCGUGAGGCUGACUCGGGUCUCUGGCUCCUUCCUCUGUCCGAAGACGCGAUGUUCUGUGUGGACGAGCAAACCAUGAAGGUGUUGAAGUCUGUGACCGUUUGCAUUAACAUAGGGCGGUUCAAAGGACAGACGGUGUCGGUCUGGGACCUUCUCAACUCUGAAUACCUCUCAGAUGGCAAGAGAAGAGAGCUCGUGCAGAAGUACAAAGACGAGAACACCGAAGCGCUGCAUGAAAUCGUAACGAUUGUCACCACCAUCAUCAGAGAGACUGAGACACAAGGCAAGAAGUUUGCAUUCAAGGGCCUGCGGAAGAGAGUAUCCGCCAGUGACCUCUUCCAGUCCCAACUGAUAGACAAAAAAACCCUUGAUGAGCUUAACCAGGGGAAGAAAACAGUCAAAGAAGUCACCGAAAUGGACUCUGUCCGCAGGUACCUGGAGGGCAGCAAUUUCAUCGCAGGGGUCCUUGUCCAGCCAAGCAAUGAGAAGAUGAGCAUCUACCAGGCCAUGAGGAAGGGCAUCCUGAGGCCAGGGACAGCGCUGGUGCUGCUGGAGGCGCAGGCGGCCACCGGCUUCAUCAUCGACCCGGAGAAAAACAAGAAGUUUUCGGUGGAGGAAGCAUUAGCUGCAGGUCUAGUCGGAUGGGAGGUUUUUGACAAGCUGCUCUGGCUGAUCGUGAAGAGCCACGGCAUCCGCCUGCUCGAGGCGCAGAUCGCCACCGGCGGCAUCAUCGACCCCGUGCACAGCCACCGCAUCCCCGUGGAGGUGGCCUAUCAGCGCGGCUACUUCGACCGCGAGAUGAAUCAAAUCCUUUCUGAUCCCAGCGACGACACCAAGGGCUUCUUCGACCCCAACACCCACGAGAACCUCACCUACAUGCAGCUGCUGGAGAGAUGCGUCCAAGAUUCAGAGACUGGGCUGCACAUGCUGCAGGUUGUACAGGAGGGAGGGAGGUACUUCUACAUCGACGAGGGCACGAAACAGGUUUUACGCUCAAAAACCAUUAAAGUGGAAGUGGGAAGGUUUAAGGACCAAACAGUUUCCAUCUGGGAAGUUCUCUGCUCUCACUACUUCUCCGAGCAGAAGAGGAAAGAACUGGUGAUGCAGUACAAGUGCAAAACCCUAGCUCUGGAAGAGCUUAUAGCCCUCAUCUUGAAAAUAAUUGAGGAUACAGAGCAGCGAGCAGAAGCCCUGAAGGUUAGAGGACUCCGUGGGGAUGUAUCGGUGUCAGAAUUGUUUAACUCCGAGAUAAUCGACAAGAAAACUCUAGAUCAGCUGCAGGAUGGAACUCUCACACUUGUCAGCCUCACCAAGAGGGACUCCGUCCAACGGUACUUGGAUGGCACCGGCUGCAUCGCCGGGGUUCUACUGCCAUCCAGGAAAGAGAAGAUGAGCAUCUACCAGGCCCUGAAGAUGGGUCUUCUCACGGAGCAGUGUGCCCUGGGGCUGCUGGAGGCACAGGCCGCUACCGGCUUUCUCAUCGACCCACUGGAAAACAGGAAGCUCUCGGUGGAUGAGGCUGUCUCCGAGGGUCUGGUGGGCAGCGAGCUGCAAGAGAAGCUGCUCUUGGCCGAGAGAGCCGUCACGGGCUACAGAGAUCCUCAGACGGGGAAUAAAAUACCCCUCUUCCAGGCCAUAACGCAAAAGAUAACAGUCAAGGAACAUGGCACACGUCUGCUCGAGGCUCAACUCGCCACCGGCGGCGUCAUUGACCCUGAGCACAGACACCGCCUGCCCGUGGAGGUGGCCGGCCCCGGGGGGGUGCCCUACCGCCGUGGCUGCUUGGAUGAUGAUAUGUUUCUGCUACUUUCUGACCCAGAUCACGGUGUCAAAGGUUUUAUAGACCCAAACACCCAUGAGAAAAUCAGUUACAGUCAGCUCCUGCAGAGAUGUUCCAAAGACAGAGACACCGACUUGUACCUACUGCAGGUCAUGGAAAAAGUGGAUGACUACUUCUACAUUGAUGAGCGAACAAAAAAUGCCUUAUUGUCCACAAAGGUCCAAGUGCCUGUUGGAAAAUACGAAGGACAAGUGCUGUCGCUGUGGGAACUUCUCUGUUCUGAGUACAUCACAGAGGAGAAAAGAAAAGAACUGGUGAAAAAAUAUAAAGAGGAAUCCAACCACAUCAUACAGGACAUAAUUGAUAUGAUACUAAAGAUCAUCAAAGAAAAAGAAGAGAACAGAAGCGAUGUCUGGUUCCAAGGGAUCAGACAACAAAUAACGGCGUCGGAACUUCUCAGUGCACAGAUAAUCACAGAGGAAACAAUGGAAAAACUCCAAGAGGGAAAGGAGACGGCACAAGAAAUAGCGCAAAUGGAGAGUGUGAGGAGAUACCUGGAGGGAACUGGAAGCAUCGCCGGCGUGCUGGUGCCCUCCAAGGCCGAGCCGGGCAAGCUGGAGAAGAUGAGCAUCUACCAGGCCAUGUGGAAGGGCAUCCUGCGGCAGGGCACGGCCCUGGUGCUGCUGGAGGCGCAGGCGGCCACCGGCUUCGUCAUCGACCCGCUCACCAACAGGAAGCUCUCGGUGGAUGAGGCCGUCUCCGAGGGGCUGGUGGGCAGCGAGCUGCAGAAAAAACUUCUUUCUGCAGAAAGAGCAGUGACCGGCUACAAGGACCCCUACACAGGACAAAAGAUCUCCCUCUUCCAGGCCAUGAAGAAGGAGCUCAUCGUCAAGGAGCACGGCGUCCGCCUGCUCGAGGCGCAGAUCGCCACCGGCGGCAUCAUCGACCCCGUGCACAGCCACCGCCUGCCCGGCUUCGUCGACCCCAACACCCCCGAGACCCGCACCUACCUGCAGCUGCUGCGCCGCUGCGUGCCCGACCCGGACACGGGUCUUUAUUUCCUCAAUAUUUUUAGAAAAUAA